AUGGCUUCCGUUCUCAUAAUUGGUGGGGGUGGACGUGAACAUGCCCUGGCUUGGCGAAUGGCGAAAUCUGAGACCGUGGAGAAAGUAUGGAUUGCACCGGGUAAUGGAGCCGACUUCGAGAAGCCAGAUAUCGAUACAACAAAUGCAGACGAUGUGGUAGAAUUCUGUCAACGAGAAAAUGUGUCGCUUAUAGUGGUAGGACCAGAGGGGCCUCUAGCAGAGGGUUUCGUUGACCAUAUUCACGACCGAGUACCCGUUUUCGGGCCAACACGUGCUGGAGCUCAAUUGGAGGCUUCCAAAGUGUUUUCGAAGAUGUUUAUGAAGAAAUAUGGGUUACCAACCGCGGAAUUCGAGUAUUUCUCCGAUAUUGCCGAUGCUGAAGCCUUCAUAGAAAAGUGUGGCUGGGCAGGAAUCGUCGUGAAGGCCGAUGGACUGGCUGGCGGAAAAGGUGUUGUGGUGACAGACGACAAGGAGAGCGCCAUUUUAGCAGCACAACAAUUUCUCGCUGUAAGAUUUUUACCUUGGCUUUUGUCGGCUGUUACAAAAAUGUGGUAUCUCCUAAUCUACUGUCUGCCUGAAAUGCCUUUUCGAGGGCCGAUCAGUAUUUCAUAG